GUCAGCGUGGAAGACUCAAGACAGUGUUGUUGACGUUUAUAAAAUAGGAUGUGAUUUUGUGAAUAAAAUAACAAGAAUCUACAUGAAUAUUUCGAGUAAAAUGGUGGGGACGUGUUGCGUUUAUGGUUGUACCAGUGAAUCUUAUAAAGGUUCCGACUUAUCAUUCCACGUCUUACCGAAAAACGAAGAGAGGCGAAAGCUAUGGCUCGAAAACAUGGAAAUUAGGCGAAAAAUCUCAAAGAACACUGUCGUAUGCAGCAAACACUUUGAACCUUCGUGUUUUGUUAUGGUCAACUUUCGUCAAUGCCUAAAAGCUGACGCUGUCCCUACAAUAUCCGCGAAAGGAUUCAAAACAGGGCCAAACGAAAAUCAAAUGAUUGUCGACGUGUAUAAUCAUCUCCAAGAGACGUGGCCGGCUAAGCAAAGGAUACAUACACGAAUGUGCGAGAAAACAGCUGAAGUCCUGGCAACGAACCCCGCUAAGGUGUGCCGAGUUUUAAAAAGGAAAGGUAUCAAUGUUACGAAAGAGCCCCAGAGGCCGAUCACUCCAAUAGAGGUGAAGGAAUGUGAGACCGAUAACAGUGACAAAAGUAAUAGUGAGCAAGAAAGCCCUGCAAAAACGAAGCGAGCACACAAAACAUAUGACUUAAGACAAGGAAAAGAUACACAAACACCCCAACCAAAGAUAGCCGUUAAGAGGAAUUUGACGAAAAGUGAAGUUACUUUAGCCAAAGUUGGCGUGGAAUGCUUAAAAAAUAUAAAUACUUCUCUAGAACGUGUCACAAAGAAUGGUAACGGAGAAAUGUUAGAACAUUAUGAGUGUCCGUUGUGCAAAAUAUUGUACCCAUCGAGUGAAAAAGCGAUUGAGCAUUUGAAAUAUUAUCACAGUAGAGAAGGAAUAAACCCAGAAUGCAUAAAGAAAGUGUCAGUACGGCACUGCCCAGUUUGUAAGAAAAAGGUGAAAUCAUUGCUAAUGCACCAAUGCGAGAAAGAGAAAUUGUUUUUCGAAUCAAGCUCUUUUAACUGUUCGAUAUGUAAAAAGAAACUGCCUACAAUUAGAAUGUUUGAUGAUCACGUGAUUAAAACGCAUUCGCAUGAGACGUCGUACUUCCCUAGUUUUAAUGAUUUCGUAUCGUGGAAACAAUAUAUAGAAAACGAAUCGGGCAUACUUUACAAAGUUGUAGAAGAACGCGACAACAAAAAGUACUACCGAUGCGAAUGUGCGGAUAGAUUGAAACUUAAACUAUGUCCGGGAUUAAUGAUAGCCCAAGAGUUUGGCAACGGCAUACACGUUGUUCUCUUCGAAACACACGAGCUUAUAAAGAAGAAGUACACAUUGCCAGCGAAAUACAAGAAAUAUUCCAUAUCGAAGCUGGUAAAACCUGUCGAAGGGUACAACGCUACUAAAGUAAUAAUGGACGACAACGACCAGUACUUGCAACUAAAAACGUUACUAGAGAACAUUGCAGUUGACGCUGCGAAAAUAAAUAUAGCUGGCUUAAGAUUGCUAAUGAGCAAAGCACUAGAAAUGGCCUCUAUAUUGACGAGUUACGAUGAAGAAACAGAGGAAAAUGUGGAGAAACAAUUCAAUUUGUCAGAUGCACAAAUUGCUAACGCAUUACAGGAUAAAGAUGAUGUAACUAAAGCUAAACGGCCAAAAUUAGACACAAUGUCCCCGAAAAUAUUGAAUACAUUCUCGUUAGCGAGUAUUCAAAUCAAUAAUAACAGUGACACGGCCAGUGAGGAUGAACUAACUGAUAUAGAUUUAGAAAUAUUAAAAAGUAACAUGGAACGUAAAACAGUUGACACAGAUAUAUUGAAAGAUUGUAGCGAUCAAACUGACACAAGUAAAGUGACAUUUAACGAUACGUAUAAGGAUUUUGUUACGAAGAACUUUGUGCAAAGCGAUAAACCGAUCAAGUGUCAACCGAAACGGAGGCCGGUCGUCAAAACAAAGAUUGGGCAAUUUAAUCCUGUUAAAAUUGCUCCAAAUCCGGAAGAAAAGAAUGACGUAAAAACAACGACGAUUAGUGAAAAAUCUCUGAAAACUAAUCAAGUAGUUAAAAAUGAUGAAAUUGUAUCUCCUAAAAUUAAUCAACUCAUUAAAAAUGUUGAAAAAGUAUCACCUAAAAUUAAUCAACUCGUUAAAAAUGAUGUAAAAGUAUCACCUAAAAUCAAUCAACUUGUUAAAAAUGAUGUAAAAGUAUCACCUAAAAUCAAUCAACUCGUUAAAAAUGAUGUAAAAGUAUCACCUAAAAUCAAUCAACUCGUUAAAAAUGAUGUAAAAGUAUCACCUAAAAUCAAUCAACUCGUUAAAAAUAUUGAAAAAGUAUCACCUAAAAUUAAACAAGUCGUUAAAAAUGAUGAGACAAUGGCAAAAACGAGUGACAAAAACAGUGAUAGUGAUAAAAUUGAAAACAAAGUGGUACCUAAAAGUGUGACGCGAGUGAGUAGUGUUAGUUCGAGAAAAGUCGAUUUUGAAUAUGAAGUGAUUGAACAAGAGGAAGACUGUAAUAUUUUAGUGUUAAAACUAUAAUAUGCUGUAGAACUUUGAUCAUAGUGAUUCCUAUCCCCUUGUUAAUACUGUGAAUAAAAUUUAUAUAAGUUA